AUGUUCGAGAAGCAAAAGACCAUUGGCGAAGGCUGCGACUACGCAACACUCGAAGAAGCCUUCGAAAAGGCUCCUGCAGGCACCCAUUUGCUUAUCAAGCCAGGAGAAUACCACUUUGAUCAUGAACUCGUCUUCAACAAAUCCUUUGCCCUCCAAACAGACGAUGAUGAAAAGCUUGCAACUCUUAUUGCCCCAUCAAUCAAGUUCAACAUGGAACCAUCCUGCUUUGCCGUCUUUUCCAGAGUCAAUUUCGAUGGAUAUUGUCAAUUCCUCAACGGAUGCACAGCAUCCUUCGAAGUUUGCGACUUCACAUCCAAGAAGACAGAUGAAAACGCUAUUAUCACUGUCAAUAAUUCAGCUCCAACAUUCAGAUUCUGCAAAUUCCAUGAUUUCCCUAAGUAUGGUAUAGAUUAUGUUGAGGGAAGAGGUGGCAUCUGCACAGACUGCGAAUUCGUCAACAUUGGUUGCGAGGGAGAUCCUAUUAAGAUUACUCUACCAUCAAGACCAUUCCAUGAACACAAUAAGAAGUUAUAA